CACCCAUCCCACUCAGCAGUGGCACAGUGUUUCUGAAAAGGCACCUGGCAUACGCUGACAACAAUGGAGUGUUGCUACGUGUCUCCCGAGGAGAAAGAGAGCCGGAGGAUUUCCAAAGAAAUAGAUUCAAUACUCAAAAAGGAGAAAUCAAAAAAUAAGAAUGAGCUGAAGCUGCUGCUUUUAGGAACUGGUGAAAGUGGGAAGAGCACCUUCAUCAAACAGAUGAGGAUUAUCCACGGCAAAGGAUACGAAGAAUCUGACAGGAGAGGAUUUAUCAAACUGGUGUAUCAGAAUGUCGUCACGGCCAUCCAAGCGCUGAUCGACGCCAUGCAUACUCUAAAGAUUGAAUAUGUGGAAGAACAGAAUCUUAACUAUGCAGAGAAACUGAAAGAAGUGGAUGUGAUCUAUGUGACAUCUUUGCAAUCCUGGGAAGUGGACGCCAUUAAAAGGGUGUGGAAUGACCACGGAGUACAACAGUGUUACAACAGGAGACGAGAGUUUCAUUUGUCGGACUCUGCCAAAUAUUAUCUGAGUGACAUGGACAGAAUCACAGCCCCAGACUACAUUCCCACUCUGCAGGACAUCUUGCGGGUCAGGGUUCCCACCACAGGCAUCAUAGAGUACCUAUUUGAUAUGUCAAAGGUCAUCUUCAGGAUGGUGGAUGUGGGUGGUCAGCGCUCCCAAAGGAAGAAAUGGAUCCACUGCUUUGAAAACGUCAAAUCCCUCAUAUUUCUGGCGGCCCUCAAUGAAUACGAUCAAGUCCUUUAUGAGAGUGAAACAGAUAACCGACUGGCUGAGAGCCUCGCCCUCUUCAACACAAUUGUGUCAUCCAGGUGGUUUCAGGACUCGUCCACCAUCCUCUUUCUGAAUAAAACAGACCUGUUUGAAGAGAAAAUCAAAACAUCACAUUUGGCAGACUACUUUCCAGAGUACACAGGGCCUUCAGGUGAUGCUGAACCUGCAAAAAAGUUUAUUGAGAAGAUGUACAUUGAUUGCCACAAAGGUCGUCACAAACCCCUCUACACACACUUCACCUGUGCCACAGACACAGAGAACAUCCGGGUUGUCUUCGAAUCAGUCAAAGACACAAUCUUUUUGGAGCACUUAGAUUCUUUAAACCUUGAAUAAGGGAGGAUGGAGCGGUGUUGUUUUUUUUUUUUUAUGUUUAGGCACAUGAAAUGCUGGUGGCAACCCCAGCUUCCAGUUAUAUUAUUGAUCUUCAGUUAAAUCCCUUUCAUUUUAGCAUUGUUCAAAAACAUGAAAAAUUACCCGGGCUUUAGAUCUCAUUUUAAUGCAUAAGUAUUAUUUACAUAAAGUGGCACGGAGUCAAAUGUUCUAUGGCUGCGCAGGUAAUAUAUGUACAACAGCCUUGCCGCUUAUACCUUAUAACCAACUGGAGAUCAUGGGCUUUUCAUUGUGUCAUACAGCCUUUCAAUCCACCCAGCCAGAUGAUGUCUGACUAGCAAUGCUCUAUGGAGGAAGAAUGCCACACAUCCUGUCUUACAGCUUUGAAAGGCAGAAAAGAAGGAAACCAAGCAAGCAAACGGCAUACAUUUAUUUUAUUAUUAUCACAGUAAUAGUGACACAAUGAUA